CACUCUCCGACCACAGGGCCACCCAGUCUGUGGGUGCAGGGCCCCAGUGUUGCUGUGCAGCCCGAUCCUUUCCUGGCCCCCCCCCCUCUCUGUGAGCACAAUGGGCCGGUCCGCAGAGCAGAGGGGGCGGGGGAGAGCGCUCGCUCACGAGCGAGAGAGCGACAGAGCGCAGGAGAGCGAGAGAGCUGAGAGCGCUGAGAGAGCACAGCAGAGCACUAUCUGGCUGCCAGCUGAUCUGUACUGUGGCAUUCUGAGCUUAGGGGCAGGAGAAGGAGUGAACAGAGUCAGGGACAGAGAGAGAGAGAGAGAGAGAGAGAGAGAGAGGGAGAGAGAGAGAGAGAGGAGGUUGACUGUUUUCUAUUUUGAUGUGUCGUGAGGUGAAAGAGGAAGCUGAAGAACUGAACAUCAACAGUAGAGUGUGACUGUGGGAGUGUGUGUUGCUCACACACGUGCACAUGUGAGUGUGUGUGUGUGUGUGUGUGUGUCUGUCUGCACAGUUGGGUGAACUCAGAGUGAGAGAGAGCGCGCGAGAGAGACAGGAGUUCCGCUUUUGAGAAGAAGGAAGCUGAAGAAAACAGCAUGAAGAGAAGAGACCUGAGACGCCUCACAGAGACCAUGUGAAGCACAGAGAGAGAGGGAUAGAGAGAGGGAUAGAGAGAGAGAGAGAGAGAGAGAUCCACGUGUGCCUGGCUGGAUAAACAUCUGUGGACAGCACUGAGAGAGAGAGAGAGAGAGAGAGAGAGAGAGAGAGAGAGUGAGAGGAAAAAAGAAGGGGAAAAGUGAGUCACUCACAGACCAGUGGAUUGCAGCCGUAUUGCGUGGAGCCAGACGGAGAGAGAGAGCGAGAGAGAGAGAGAGAGAGAGAGAGAGAGAGAGGGAAACGGAGGCAAAGGGUGCGAACUGAAGUGAAGGUCCUGAGUGCGGCGGUGCGAAGAUGUCGUGGCUGUCGCCCGUGUCGUGGGCCAAGUGGACCUGGUCUGCGGUGCGUGGAGGAGCGGGAGAGGGAGAGGAGGGCGAGAACGCUCAGGAGGCCAGCGAGGUGGACGCACCCGAGGCCGACGAUGAGAGGUCUCAGGGCUUCAGCUCGGAUUCGGAGGGUCACUUUGAGACCCCAGAGGCAGAGACGCCUGUGCACCCGUCCAUGAAGUUCCCAGGUGGAGGGCUGGAGACCACAGCCGAUCCUUCUCUGGAGGAUGAGGGGCAGAUGACCCAGAGCACCGCCGAGGUUCCGAAGGCCCGUCUGGACCAGAACCAGAACUCCAAGGAGGAUGAGCCUCUUUCGGUUCCACCGGCUGGUUCUGCUCUCUCGGGCCUGCUGGACGGUUCUGCUGAGGUGGAACAGCCCUUGACCCAGAACCACACCAUGGCCGUGAAACCGGUAGAACCUCUCCUGGGUUCUGAUGGCGAAGGGGCGCUGGAGAGGAGUGAGGAGCUGUGUAACGGACUCCUGGCCAAAGGCUCCACGAAGUCACAGUCGCGCAAAGCCAGACCCCCAUCUCUGAAGAUGAAGACAUCCCAUAAUGCCCCGGACCCGUCCGAAGUGGACGACGAACCGGCCAUUCCUAAGGCCGACUACGUCUUCGACCCGGAGCUCUGCGACGAGAACUUAGACCCUUUCAAAAGCGGAGGGUCCAAACUGCAGAACUCCCCGCCCCCCUGUGCCACGGUUAGCCAAUCAGAGCCGGAGGCCGAGCCCUCAGAGGCGGCCCCACAGGACGCUCAGCCAGUUAAGAUGGAGUUCGGCUUGAGUGACAGCGAGCCGAAGAAGGCGGUGCCCAGGAAGCUGGGUAAGAAGCCGGUGAGUAGGCUGCCCUCGUCCAGGAAGUCCCGGUCGAAAGUGACCGAACCUGGCGCUGCGGAACCCGCCGCAGACUCCUCGUCCUCCGAACAGGCGCCAGCGUCAGCCGUUGAGUCCACUGCACCCCAAAACCUGGACGACAUGCCCAUCCCCAAGUCCUCGUACAGCUUUGACCCCAGCCAGUGGGACGACCCCAACUUCGACCCCUUCGGCGGGGGCGCCAAGAUGAACAGCUCCCCCGCGCUCCCCAAGGGCGGCUACACCUUCGACCCGGACAAUUUUGAUGAUUCAGUGGACCCCUUUAAGCCCUCCAAGACACUAGGGGGCGGCGGCGAACUGUCCGACACGGACCGGCUGGCAGAGAAACCGGCCAGAGCGAAACUAGACUGCCCCCUAGAGGAAGACAGGAAAGCUCGUCAGUCUCCGAAGAAGAGCAAAGACAGGAUUAUCACGAACUCAUGCAAAGUGAAGAAGUAUGAUAAUCAGGCCUUGGUCCUGGAUGUAUGCAAUCAGGAGGACGGUUCUGAGGAGAGCCAGGUGCCGGAGAUCACCCACCGGGUCCGCCACGCCACCGACGAGGAGAAGCUGGCCUCCACCGCCAAGAGCCACAAGGGGGAGCUGGAGAGCGAGCUGUCGGACUGCUCCAAAGGCUCUUCAGGUGGCAAGACCAAAACGGUUACCGACCUUGAAGAUGGGAUAACCGAGCACUUUGAUGAGAAAGACUCUUGCAGCCCCAGUGACGAGCCUUUAAAGACGCUCAGCCUGGGGAAGACAGGAAAUGACCUCAUGGAGAAAGGAAGUCCCGGUCUGGACUCCAUAGCCCUGAGCGAGAUGGACAAAGCAGCAGUGCUCACACUCAUCCGAGAGGAGAUAAUCACCAAGGAGAUCGAGGCCAACGAGUGGAAGAGGAAAUAUGAGGAGAGUCGCAUGGAGGUCAUCGAGAUGAGGAAAAUAGUUGCAGAGUAUGAGAAGACUGUGGCUCAAAUGAUCGAGGACGAGCAGCGUAAGAACAUGGGCUCUCAGAAGAGCGUGCAGCAGCUGAUCAAUGAGCGGGACCAGGCGCUGGCCGACCUCAACUCCGUGGAGCGCUCGCUCUCCGACCUCUUCAGGCGCUACGAGAACAUGAAGACCGUCCUGGAGGGCUUCAAGAAGAAUGAGGAGGUGUUAAAGAAGUGUGCACAAGAGUACCUGGGCCGAGUGAGACAGGAGGAACAGCGCUAUCACACACUCAAGCUGCACGCCGAGGAAAAACUCGACAAGGCUAAUGAGGAGAUUGCUCAGGUGCGCACCAAGGCCAACUCUGAGAGUGUGGCUCUGAACGCCAGUCUCAGGAAGGAGCAGAUGAAGGCCGAGUCCCUGGAGAGGGCACUGCAUCAGAAGAAUCAAGAGAUCGAGGAGCUGACUAAGAUCUGCGAUGAGCUGAUUGCUAAGCUGGGCAAGACAGACUGACUGACCCGCGCAGUGCAGAGUUAGCAUUAGCGCCACAGCUGCUGCUACAGCUCAGACAGCUCCCCUUCCACACGCUUCCAUCAACAUAACUGAACCCUGUAUACAGUACAUACACACACACACACACACACACACACACACACACACACACACACACACACAGACACACACACAGACACACACACACAGACACACACACACACACACACACACACACACACACACACACUCACAUAUGCGCAUACAUGCUUACAGUGCAUACCCCAGAGCACACCUGUAAAUCCAUCUGGAUCUCUUUCUGAUGUUUUUCCAAAAACUGGCGGAUGCAAAAGUCGCCGCCCCACCCAGACACCUAAUAUAUACAAACUCAGUCUGAUAAAUAGAGUAUAUAUACGCAAGAAAGCAAACUAGAGAACAGCUUUUAGUAAGGGAGAGAGCACCUCCCUGUUGGCACCUGAUCUGCCAAGCCCUCCAGUUCUGUACAGUAUGUUUGCAUGUGAGAGAGGUCUGAUGGGAGAGCUGCGGGCCAAGGUCCUGCACGUCCUGCAUAUCCUUAAUCUGCUGACCACUCUGGAGGGUGUCUGUUACUAGUGAUGUGGACCAGACCUUUUGGGGCUGUGGAGACAGCUGUUCAAAUAAGGGGUUUGGGAAGAGUGUGAGUGACUGAGUGAGUGAGUGUGUGUGUGUGUGUGUGUGUGUGUGUGUGUGUGUGUGUGUGUGGAAGGGAGAGGGAGAGCCAGAGUGAGAGAGAGGAAGGGGACAGAGUUUGUGUGUGUGUGUGUGUGUGUGCGUGCAUGUACCUGCAUGCAGGCAUAUGUGUGUGUUUUUGUUCCUUCUGACUGCCCACUAGUGUGUGUUGAGGGGCUGUUUGCUUGUAGUUUACAUGACUGCUGCUAAUCUACAUGUGUGUGUGUGUGUGUGUGUGUGUGGGGAACACAAUCAAAUUCAUCACCUCUGUUAUUUCAGUUCUCCAAACGAAACUUCUGUUAUUUGUGUUCUGUAAGACUAGACAUUUUAGAACUUGUCACUAUAUUUGUAUUCUUUAAUGGUUCUUUAAUGCAGAACACAGAGUAUGAAGUCUGGAAUAUCAGCUGUCUGAUAAACUUCAGGUUAUCACUGUAAAGUUGACGUACUGAACAAAGUAAUUUUUGUUAAGUUGUAUACCUACUAGGACAAACAUUUGUGUUCAGUUAGUCGUAGACUCAUUCAGUUAAUUGGUUACCUGCAUCUUUUUUGUAUUGCUUCCUUAUCAGAGAGACAAACUGUUGUUGAUUUUAUGUGUAUAUGAAGAGUUUAACUGGAUUUCAUAAUCCAUGUGUUACAAAAUGGCACAUUCUUGUAAAAAGUCAAGAGACUGUCCAGUUGUCCGAUGUAUGGCCUUUUCUGCUGAUGCUAGCUAUUUUGGCUUUAGCAUCUCUCCGUACUUGCAUAAUAAUAACACUAUUUUCAUACUCGACAAAGAGCACUUAACCUGCACAAAUAGAAAUUAAUAGUAAUAAAAAAAACCAAUAAAAAAAAACAAUAAAAAAACGCCAAACAGCGCCAGCCUCCUUCACAGUGCUAUGAUAUCAUGCCAAAAGUCAGGCCGGUGUAACUACCACACCUGUGCUAAGCUGAGUGUGCUUUGUUGAUGAUGCCAAGUCUCCCCUGCUACCAUGUGCCUGUUUCAGAAGAUGUUGCAGACCUCUGACAACCUGCCUUCAUUUUGACCGAAGUAACCCAAUAGUCAAACAUUCCUACUGUAUUAUAUUGCUGUGCUAUACGCUAUUUACUGCAUCUGUGUAUUACAAUCAACUGCCAAAUGAUAUUGCUGUGCGCGCGUGUGUGUGUGUGUGUGUGUGUGCGCGCUCAAUGAUGUUUUUUGCCCCCAACGGCACCUUUCAGGCAGCACAGCCUAAAAGGCACUACCUUUACCCUAUUCCUAACCCUAACCCCCUCAACCCUCAUCCUACCCCUAAACUGAGGGGAGUAGUGCCUUGAAGGCAGCGCUGCCUGGAAGGCACCAUUGAGGGAAAAUAAUACCAAAGAUCGUGCGUGCGCGCAUGUGAGUGCCAUAACAAAACAAAACAAAACGUUUAGGAGAGAUGUUCCUUUUCCCCUGUAAUGUGUUGAUCAUGGCAACCUGUUUUUUCUUUCAGCAGCUUUGGCGCGCGCGCACUGUGUUAAGACUCUGUAGAUUUUAUAUGGAAAUACUGAUGCUCUCUUAUUUUUCUGGUGUCCAUGUUUGUAAAGAGUAAGAGAGACUGAAGCAGGUCGGGUGUUUACUAAUAUAUAUUUUGUGCAUAAUGCAUUCCCUGAAUAAAGGUUGUAAUUAGAAGCAUC